AUGAAUGUCAGACGCUCACCACCUGGAAAAAGUAACUCGUACACUAAUUUAUCGUCACCUAAUAACGAGUUUACGAUGGAACAACAAAUUACUCAUAGAAAACGCAAACAGCCAGAACAUAGUAUUUGCAAUUGCAAUUGUUCGUCUGAAAUUCAAGAGUUACGUAAAGACCUUACAACAAUGCUACAAAAAUUCACAGACACGCAAGAAACAACAAUGACCCUUAUGCGUGAAAAUAUAGUAGAUAUGAGAACCCAGUUAAAUGAUAUUAAAGAAGCUGCUGUAAACCUGAACAACGAGCAAAAAUUAAUGAAGACCCAGCUGUCAGAUCUAGUAAUAAAAACAAACUAUACAGAUAAUAAAAUCCAGACAUUGAUGACAGAAAUUAAACAGAUAAAUAACAAAACUAAUGCUAAUGAGUCUGAAAUCAUGUUAAUUAAAAGUAAGACUGCCAUAAACUUACACUCAUCUGGCCUUGGGGAAAAUAUAAUGCAAGAAAUACAAGAUCGUACAUCCAGAGAAAGAAAUAUCAUCAUAGUGGGUUUACAAGAGGGAAAUGUGACUAACACCCCAGGAGCGUUUGAGGAGACUAUAAGAGCGAAUAAAAUAAGUUACUUGUAA